AUGACUUGUGCUGCUGCCUCUGCCUGCAUUUUCGCGGGAAUUCUCAUCUCUGCCAACGCCUUCACGGUGACCAUCACUAAUAAAUGCUCGAGCACCAUUGAUCUAUACACGCGCCUCGCUAAUGUCUACACGGAUGAGAUCGAUAUUAUUGUCCCGGGUGGCUCGAUCAACAAAUCUAUCGGGAAAGGUUAUGAAGGUCACUUUCGCAACGGCUCAAACGACGCUGCAACGCUCGUUGAGAUCUCCACCAUGGGCGAACUCGAUCUGACUUGGUACGACAUUGGAAUUAUUCCGCCGCGACUUCACCCCGAUCACAUAAACUGCAUGGGACUUCAGGAGUGCAAAGACCAUUCGGAUAGUGGAAUUGGUUUCAAUACCCCCGUGCAGAUCACUCCAACAUCAAACAUCGGCAAAGACGCAUGCGAGCAGCUUGAGUGCUUAGCUGACGAAUGUCAAGAUGCGUACAACUUUCCCACGGACGAUAAAAAAACUCAUUCUUGUGCAUUUGGCACUGAUCUAAUCGUGACUUUCUGUCCAAUGAGCGAGUCAGUGUCGAUCUCGCAAGAUUCCCCAGUACAACAAGAAACAGAUUCCGUUCCUGACACAAUGGAGGCACCUGCUGCUCCGGAUAGCAAUUCAAAUGAGGAUCAGACACAAAAUGAUGAUGUCAUUGAAAACUCAGACACUAUGGCUACAGAAGUCAUUAACUCAACGACUUCCACUCCCACACCAAACGAUGUAAAUCAAUCCGAAAAUCCUUCUGUAGAGGAAGUUUUUCGUGGUCUCACAUUUCAGAUGCCCACGGUCAUCCAUGGCACGAACACAAUGGUGUCUGCAGCUAAGAUCAUGAACCUACCGGUGGUCGUGACGACUCAGUAUUGCUCGCGUCUUGGUAAUACUGUGUCUGAGAUCUCGAAGAAUCUAGAAGGCAUGCAGGAUGUCAAGAUCUUUGACAAGAUGAAGUUUUCGAUGCUUGUGCCUGAAGUGGAACAUCACUUGACCUUCAACAUGCCGCAACGCAAAUCUGUUCUGCUCUGCGGUAUUGAGGCGCAUGUGUGUGUUCUGCAGACGUGUCUUGACCUACUAGAGAAGGGCUUUGAUGUGCACGUGGUCUCGGAUGCUGUAUCCAGUUCUACUAGCUAUAAUCGCUCUAUGGCUAUAGAACGCAUGCGUCAGUCCGGUGCCUACAUUACUUCAGUCGAGUCAGCCAUAUUCCAGCUAGUAAACGAUGCAAGUAACCCCGAGUUUAAGAACACAUCCAAGCUCAUUAAAGAGCAUCUUAAAGUGGAAAAUGGUUUCAUAGCCAGCGAUCGCAUGUAG